UCCUCUCUCAGCUGACACUGGCGCGUGUUCCUCGUACCGGGAAGAUAAAAAACAAAAAUGUGAAGUCGUCGCAGACGUUUCGCCGAGCCGUGAAAGAGACGAGGCACCGAUGAUGAGUGGUGCUUAAUCAAAUCGGUCGACCUAGUGCGCAUAUUGAGCGGGAGCUUACACGGAGGCCGCUGCGCCAUACCAAGGCCGCUGCCCGUACCUCGGGCUCAGCCGGGGUCCCGAAGCUUGGAAGUGUCCUCAUGAACUCUGGUUUUGCGAGAAGCGGGACGAUGACGUGCAACGGAAGCUUUCAACGGCAACGUGGCGACAACAGCACUGCAAGUUACAGCAUCACCGAGCGACCUCCUCCGAUACGGUCGCGUUCUGGGACGGCUGCCGCGCGUGGUCUACCGCGCGUCCUGACCUUGACAGUCUUGUUGACACUGCUGCACUUUGUCCUCCUGCUGGCCCACCAGGCCGCUGCCCAAGAGGAGGACGUCGCGACAACGACUACGACGACAAAGAGACCGACGCCCACAAAGACCCGCGAGAAAGGUCUCGCCAAACACAUCUGCAAGGGCACGCAGAAGUUCACCAACACCAUCGACCUGCUACUAACGUUCGGCAAGAAAGUUCUGGAAGACCCGAGACCACUCAAGAUUGGAGAGCGACUAGGGUCUGAACGUGACCCUCAACGGACUCGACACCCUGCAGCUCCGCGGAACACCUCAGACGUUCUGUAACGAGAGCGUCGCCGAGGCGGUGAUACCGCUCAGGCUUGUCGCCUUCGGUGGUGCUGCACCGCAGGCGAUCCAUCCUGUUCGGAGAAUCGAACAGCGACAAGAACGUCUCGUACACCCUCGUUGGACUCGAGAUGGACGUCGGCGUGCGAGUAAACAGGAACGACCCCGACCGACACGUGGAGAUUACGUCACUCGACAUCGUGUACGUGGACGUGAUCGAGAUCGAGGUGAAGACGUUCGCGCCCAUCUCGGGAAGGCCGGUCACCUUGUUCCUGGAGCGGCCGCCCACGGCCGCUAAGCUGGCCAUGCUGAGGCCCAUCAUUCAGUCUGGGUUGCAGAGGAUGAUCGACAGCGGAGGCUUUAAGUUAUCGUCGUAAUAAAAUGUUGUUUU